UCUUAUUACGCUUACCACCAGUAGACUCACGACUCUCCUGCCGUAUCAAAUAAAAUAUCUCCACCAGCCUUAUCGUUUAUCUGCCAUCCAUCAAUUUGAGUCCAGUUUCUGCGUUUAGUCACCAACGAUCUUACAAUGGCGACGGUCACGUUUUCCUUUUCCGCUAAAACCCUAACACUACCCUAUCUACCCAAAACCCCAAUCUCCAACUUCUACCCGGUAACCAAUCUUCGCCUCCCUUCUUCUAUUGUGACCCAAACCCGAAAUGGUAACCGGAUUCGGGCGUCGCUGGAUGGGGAUUUCUCGGCGAAAAGGAGCAGCAGCAACAGCGACCAGAGAGAGACGAUAAUGUUACCCGGUUGUGAUUACAACCAUUGGCUGAUUGUGAUGGAGUUUCCUAAGGACCCUGCACCCACUCGUGAACAAAUGAUUGACACUUACCUCGACACUCUUGCUACUGUAUUGGGAAGCAUGGAGGAAGCAAAGAAGAACAUGUAUGCAUUUAGCACCACUACCUACACUGGAUUUCAGUGCACUGUUGAUGAAGCAACCUCGGAGAAAUUCAAGGGUUUACCCGGGGUUCUUUGGGUACUGCCCGACUCGUAUAUAGAUGUUAAAAACAAGGACUACGGAGGUGACAAGUACGUAAAUGGGGAGAUUAUUCCUUGCAAGUACCCUACCUACCAGCCAAAACGGAGCGCACCUAAGAACGAGAGUAGAAGGUACGAGAGACGGAGAGAUGGCCCUCCCCCUGAGCGCAGAAGGCCAAGACAAGAGGCUGCUGCCUCGGAUUCAUCCUCUACAUGAGGUAUCGGGAUGCAUUAUUUAUUCCAUUUAUUUUACUUUUUCCAUGAUUUUGGUCUCCCCUUGCCUAAUGUAUCUAAAAUUUGAUACCUGAACGGCUGAAUCAAGUACCACAGAUCCAUCUUCUUUUUAAACUCACGCUGAAUGUCAUGGAAGGGUCGUUAGCUUCCCCCUCCCCCAUGUAGGCAAAUUCAUUGAAUCUCGUCAGGCUCUGAAGAUACAUGAUAAUGCUAUUGCUGCGGUCUUGCAGGUUAUUUGUAGUUUUACUGAGAGAAACUAAUGCCAAACGAAAGCUGCUCCUUAUCACAGUUCUAUCAUGCUCAUGGUCACUUUAACAAAUAGAAGAUUGAGCUUGUGUUGGAUUCUCAUCAAGAUGCAUGCCAUGUUUCUUGCAAACUCAAACGGGUAUUUUCACGAUUCAUCUUGAGGAAUAUGUUCUUUUGGACUAUAUGAGUAUGACAUGUGAGACAAGUGCUAUAAUUGUUUAUCUGUGUAAUUUGGAGAGCUACUUAUCAUGAAACCAGUUUAUGUUUUAGUGAUAAUUUUUGUCUGCUAGUUUCAUGGCAAUUGCGAUAUUAACAGUUAAAGUUACUGAUAUGAACCGAUCAAGUUUAGAUAAUAUGCAUAUAUAGCCUUCUGUCCUUAUUU